AUGUCGUGCUACCUCCAGCCCUGCCUCCCUCCAGCCUACCAGGACCUCGUCCCCACCCAGCGCCCGCCGUGCUGCAGUGCCACCCCCCCCACCCUGCCCACCUGGUGCUCCAGGCUCUGCAUCCCCCAGCAGGUGACCCUCCAUGUCCCCCGGUGGCGAAUCGUGUCCUCCAGCUUCUCCCAGCAGCAACGUGUCACCCAGUGUGUCCCACGGCAGCCACAGGCACCCAGGCGGGUGCCGCAGCCGCCCUGCGGGACCCAGCUCCAGCAGCCCCACGUCCCUCGCUGUGUCACCACCUGCCAGCCACAGAGUGCCACCCCGGGGCUGUGCCAGGAGCCCGCUGUCACCAAGUGUGUGCCCCAACAGCGUGGGAGCGAGUCCGUGCCCACCCGUGUCCCCCAGCAGCCGUGUGCCGCCCGGCACGUCACCACCUGUGUCCCGCAGCAGCCCUACCUGACCAAGGGCAUCCCACAGCAGCACUGGGCCACCAGGUGUGUCCCGCAGCAGAGUGUGACCAUGUACAACCCGCAGCAGCAGUGUGCCACCAGGUGUGUCACCACCUGUGUCCCCCAGCAACGUGCCACCAAGUGUGUCCCACAGGAGUGUGGGAUCACGUCUGUCCUGCAGGAGCAGGGUGUGACCCAGUGUGUCCCCCAGCAGAGUGCCACCAAGUGUGUCCUGCAGCAGCAGCGUGCAACUGAAUGCGUCGCACAACAGCAGAGUGCCACCAAGUGUGUCCCACAGAAGCAAUGUGCCACCAAGUGUGUCCCACAGCAACGUUGUGCCACCAAGUGUGUCCCACAGCAAAGAUGUGCCACCAAGUGUGUCCCACAGCAGCAGUGUCUGAUCGAAUAUGUCCCACAGCAGCAGCAAAAUGUCACCAAGUGUGUCCCACAGCAACGUUGUGCCACCAAGUGUGUCCCACAGCAGCAGCAGAGUACCACCAAGUGUGACCCACAGCAACAAUGUGCCACCAAGUGUGUCCCACAGCAGCAAUGUGCUACUGAAUAUGUCCCACAGCAGCAGCAGAGUGCCACCAAGUGUGUUCCACAGCAGCAGAAUACCACCAAGUGUGUCCCACAGCAACAAUGUGCCACCAAGUGUGUUCCACAGCAGCAGAAUACCACCAAGUGUGUCCCACAGCAACAAUGUGCCACCAAGUGUGUUCCACAGCAGGAGAAUACCACCAAGUGUGUCCCACAGCAACGAUGUACCACCAAGUGUGUCCCACAGCAGCAGAGUGCCACCAAGUGUGUCCCACAGCAAAGAUGUGCCACCAAGUGUGUCCCACAGCAGCAGAAUACCACCAAGUGUGUCCCACAGCAACGAUGUACCACCAAGUGUGUCCCACAGCAACGAUGUACCACCAAGUGUGUCCCACAGCAAAGAUGUGCCACCAAGUGUGUCCCACAGCAACGAUGUGCCACCAAGUGUGUCCCCCAGCAGCAGUGUGUGACUGAAUGUUGUGUCCCCCAGCAGCAGUGUGCCACCAAGUGUGUCCUCCAGCAGCAAAGUGCCACCAAGUCAGUCCCCCAGCGAUGCCAGUCAGGUGGGGUGAAGAUUUCGAGUCACUCCAAGAAGGACUGCUCUGCCUCCAAGUGGCCCUGGUAG